CAGCCGAGCCGCAGCCGCUGCCUCCGCGACUUCGCCCCUCGCUCACAUCCAGUCCCGCAGCCGCUACGCCGACAGCUGCUCGCGCACCGGCGGAAAGCGACGCGAACGCCGCGAGCUCUGCCGCGAGCGGCGACGACGGCGCCGCCGCAGCUCCGACGCCCGGAGACGCAUCGCGACGCGCGGACGCCCGCCGUCAGGAGCCCGGGAGCAACUUUGCGGAUCCGUCGGCGUCAGGGGACACGCGCACGCCCGGUGUCCUCUCUGAUGACGCGAUGGGACCGUGAGGUCGCGGCGGUUCCGUAGGAGCGGCUCCGGGACCGAGGCUGAGCAGCGCCGCACCAUGCGGAUCCACACCCGCGGGCGCCGGAACGCAGACCCCGCGUCGGCCCGGGUCUCCCCGUCUUCUCGUCUGCAGGUGAAACGGGUCCGCUGAGUCCAGACCGCCGCCGUCUCCAUGGAUCGGCCCGGUUCCCCCCCUCAUCCCCCCCCGUUGCCCAGCGGCAGCUCCCGGGACGGGUUCAACCACAGCUCCCUGACGCUGGCCUCCUCCCCCGCCUCCCCCGCGGCCCUCCUCCCCCACCCGCCGGCCUCGCUGCCGCCCUCCCCCCUCCUCUCCUCCACCCUCUCCUCCGGCGACCUGGCGGCCCUGGAGCGCAUGCUGCUCUGGACCCUCCACGAGCCCAGCACCGUGGCUCUGACCGUCAUGUACUGCCUGUCCUUCCUCCUGGGAUUCGCCGGGAACCUCACGUCCCUGCGCGUGCUCACCAACCGGCGCGGCCGGCGCCUGGCGGGCGCCAGCGCCACGCGCAGCCUGCUGGUGAACCUGGCGGUGUGCGACCUGGCGGUGGUGUGCGUGUGCAUGCCCAUCACGCUGGGCAGCCAGAUCUACACGGCCUGGGUGUACGGCGACCUGCUGUGCCGCGCCGUGCCCUUCACGCAGGCCGUGUCGGUGUCGGCGAGCGUGCUGACGCUCACCGUCAUCAGCGUGAACCGCUACUACAGCGUGCGCUCGCCGCUGCGCGCCCGCGCCAUGUUCACGCGCCGCCGCAUCCUGGCCACCGUGGCCGUGGUGUGGGCCGUGUCGUCGGCCAUGUGCGCGCCCAUCGCGGUGGUGAACCGGCGGCGGGAGAUCAGCUUCGGCGCCUUCGCCAUCCUGGUGUGUCAGGAGGAGUGGCCUCAGCACCGGCUCAAGCAGGGGUACAACGUGCUGCUGUUCGCCAUGCUCUACUGCCUGCCGGUGACCUUUAACCUCACCAUCGGCUUCCUCACCGGCCGCCGGCUCUGGGGCGGCAGGAGGUCGGCCUUCGCCGACCUGGACCCCCGCAGCCAGGCGCUGCACGCCUCGCGCCUCAAGACGCGGCAGAAGAUCGCCAAGAUGGUGGUGUGCCUGGUGCUGCUGUUCGCCGCGUCCUGGCUGCCGCUCUACUUGGCCGACCUGUGGAUCGACCGCGAGCAGCGCCCGCCGUCCUGGCUGCUGCAGGCGCGGCCCUUCGCCCAGUGGCUGGGCCUGACCAACUCCAGCCUCAACCCCAUCUGCUACUGCUUCAUCGGGGACCUGUACCGCUCGGCCAAGGUGAUCCGGACCCGCUACUACCAGAAGGUGGCCGCGCUCUUCGGCACCUCCUCGUUCUCCAGCUCGGUGGCGGUGGCGUCGCCCUCCGUGGUCAUCGCGGACCCCAAGGCCGGCGCCGCGGCGCCCGCGUCCAGGCCCGCCGUGCCCCGGCUGCUGAGCCUGGGUCAGAGGCUCAGGGACAGACACGGGUCCGACUGCAGCAUCUCCGACUGGUGCCGGUCCAGUCCCAGCGUGUGCGGCUCCCUGCUCCCACGCCGGCUCCGCACGCCGCAGCGGAGCGUGCGCAACACGGGCUUCCUGCCCGCGAGGAGACACUCGCUGAAUGAGAACUCUGCGUCAUUACCUUUAAGUACGGGGUCUGUGGAAAUAGACGUGCUGCCGCGGAGGACGCAUUCAGGCGACAGAAUUUAUGGCCCGUCGGCCGAUAAGAGAGACGCUUCUACGACGCAGGGAGACGCCCUCUGUUACGACGGGAAGCUGCUUAGGGAGACGUCCCAGACCUCCUCUGUGGUGGGAGACAGCGAAGACGAGAGAACCGACACGACCAGUCUGUGAAAGCUGCUGAUUAGCUGCACACACACACACGCAGACACGCACACACACGCGCGCACACGUGCGCACACACACACACACACACACACACACACACACACACGUGCAAACACAUACACACACACACACAUGCACACACACACACACACACACACACACACACACACACACACACACACACACGUAGACACACACGCACAAAGAGACAUGCAGACACACACACGCACGCAGAGACACGCAGACACACACACACACACACACAGGCACACACACGCGUGCACACACACACGCGCGCACACACAGACACACACAGACACACACUCACAGACGCGUAGACACACACGCACAAAGAGACACGCAGACACGCACACGCGUGCACACACACACACAUAGACACUCAGACACACACACACACACACACACACACAGACCGGGGUAAUCCUUCGCUAAAGCCAUUGUUUGACUUGAGGAUGGACUGACCUGUCCUCCAUCCGUCUGGUUUCUCUCUCUCACGCUGAAGCACGGAGGAUCCAGGGAGAGAUAAGAGCUGGAUUGUUAUUAGCUCUGGGCAGCGAUAGUGAUGUAGAAGCAUUUUCAGUUCCACCACUUCUCUCAGCGCUUCAGCUGCGUGUCACAGUGAGAAAGAAGCCGCUUAGCGCAGCAGGGACGAGGCCUGUGUUUAUUUGUUCUUUUUAUUUCUCGUGGCUUUGCUUAUGGAUGUGAAAAGGUACAACCCAUUAUGGCGAUUUAAUGACGGCAGACGAGCGACUCCGCUACAGGAAACGAGAUGAGCUGUAAAUGAAGCAGAAUAUGGGAGAUUCAAAACGCAGCCCAGAACAGAAUUCAUCAAAACAAAGACGCUGCUCCGAAGACGCAGAUGAAGGACGACCACAAAGGUCCGUUCAGUCAAAAGACAAACAAACAAAAACACAUCACUUCCAUAUUGUUUGCAAGUGUGUUUGCAACAUGGUCUGAAAGACACAGCCCUUCACAGCUGGAGCGAAGGCAGGUACACAGUACAGCUGUGGAUGCAUGGAGGAGAGGUUGCAUGGAGGAGAGGUUCAGAAAAGAUGUAGAUGAUAAAUAACAAACAAAGAACAAACUCAUUCAGUGCUGUGCAUGCCAAAUCAAUUCUUUUUAAAAGUGUCACCAAAAGUUGUUUUACUUCCUGAGUGCAAUGGAAUAAAUAAUUUUUUAGCAUUUGUGACAAGAGAAAAUUUAAUUCUGCUGCUUCUUCCAGACAAUGUUUUAUUGUAUAGAGAUGUAAUUUUUAACAGACAGAGCUCCAUAGAAAUUUAUUUAGUUUGAGUUACAUUCACUGCUGUCUCUCUCUCUUUCAUUCUGAUCAAGGUUCAAUUUUAAGUUUUAAUAAUCUUAUUGAGAAAACUGACAUUUCAUUUAACCUUAAAUUCAGCAUCAUUUUUCUAAAAUACUUUCUAUUAUGUCUUUUUUCAUUAGGAAUCUGACAGGAACAGACGUAGAUCAAAACAGCAGGAUUAAACCCAGGCCGCCUGCGUCCUAUUAACCUUUGAGAAUUGAUUUUUUACAUUGUAAUUUGUGCAAAGCCACAUUUCAAAUGGGCUGUUAGUAACAGUCACGCAGAAUGUGAACAGCUGCAUGUGAGAGUCGGCGUCAGCAGCCGCGUUCACCUGCUGCAUCUUCAACACGCCGACCAAUCAACUCUGUGAUCUCACUGCAGAAGCUCCAAGAGCUGCAAACAUCAGCCUGACGUCCGUUCUCUCACCUUAGUCUUUGAAUCACGUUUUAGUUUUAACUUGUAAAACCGGUUAAAACCCUCUCAAGGCCAAAUGAGCAUGAACAUGGAGAAACCACCCGCUUCCCAGGCUGUGGUGCAGUGCUGUGGUGUCUCUGGCUCAGUCUUCACUUGCGUCUACCUCCGUCUGCAGCUGCUCUGCUUCCUGAAGCUGCCGAUGCUUCCUGACGUCUCCAGACACUGUUACCACUGUCUAUUUUUAGAUUAACCUUAAGGAACUUACAAAGUGUCUUUACUGUAGAUAAGAGAGACCGAGGAAGUGGUCGAAGGCCUGCAGAUUACAGGUUUUUACGCCGGUCUUGGAUCCUUCGUCCAAUCUGCUUUUGUUCCCUCUGGCUUGAUUAAAUCUUAAUGGCAUGUGAAUGUAGCUGUAAGUGGCUUCUCUUCCUGAAGCCAGGAGCAACUCAACCACGCGCUCAUCACACUUCUCACUCCACAAAGACGUGAAUUUGAUUAGAAAUUAUAGAACAAGUAAUUUAACAAAUUUCACAAAGUGAAACUACUUUGCAAAAGAUUUGGGUCUGUGGGUUUUUUGUGAGCUAUUUUGCUUCUUAAGAUUCAGUCUGAACGUUUGUAUCCUUGAGACCUCAGGAACGUUGAUUUCAAACAAUGGAAUCCUGCUUUUGUAGUUGUUGAUUACUAUUCAAAAUAUGAGAAGAGGUAUUAAAACAGCCAACAGAUGCAGGAAUGUCUUUAUUGGACUUGGUGUUGCAGUAGAGUUCAGAUUUUUAGGAGCUGAGGAGAAAAAUGAUGAAAUUUCCUGGGUCCAAAAUAUUGCUGCUUGUUUUUAUAUGUGGCUUUUGCCUUUUCAUGUGUAGCUGCUUGAUGAAAAAAGUAAAUAUUUGAUUGAUUAAAAUUCCAAAGUUCCCCUUUAAA